CUCACUAUCACUGAGAGGGAAAAGAGCACAGCAUCAGCUUGACCGGAGAAAUUUCUGCUGUUCCCUCUGUCUGGAUCUACUGAAGGAUCCAGUGACUAUUCCCUGUGGGCACAACUACUGCAUGAGCUGUAUUAAAAGCCACUGGGAUAAGAGGGAUCAGAGGAAAGAAGUCCACAGCUGUCCUCAGUGUAGACAGACCUUUACACUGAGGCCUGCGCGGGCGGAAAACAGCAUGUUUGCAGAUUCAAUGAAGGGACAGAAGAAGACGGGACACCAAGUUGCUCCGGCUGAUCACUGCUACGCUGGACCUGAAGAUGUGGGAUGUGAUGUCUGCACUGUGAGAAAACGGAAAGCUCUCAAGUCUUGUCUGCAGUGUCGGGUCUCUUACUGUAAGGAGCACAUCCAACAACACUUUGAAGUUCCAUCAAAGAAACACAGGCUGGUCGAAGCUGCAAAGCUCCAGGAAAACAUCUGUACCGAACAUGACGAGGUGAAGAGCAUUUUCUGCCACACUGAUAAGCGAUGUAUCUGUGUUGACUGCUCAAUGAAUGAACACAAAGGCCACAACACAGUGAGAGCCUCAACAGAAAUGGCCAAGAGGCAGGGAGAGCUCAGAACAAGUCGACAAGAAAUCCAGCAGAGAAUCCAAAGCCGAGAGAAGGUUGUGAAGGAGCUUCAGCAGGAGAUGAAGGCCAUCAAUCGCUCUGCUUAUGCAGCAGCGGAGGACAGUGAGAAGAUGUCUACUGAGCUGAUUAAUCUCAUCGAGAAAAGAAACUCUGAUGUGAAGCGUAAGAUCAAAUUCAAGCAGCAAAUUAAAGUGAGUCGGGCCAAAGAGCUUCAGGAGAAGCUGCAGCAGGAGAUCACUGAUCUGAGGAGGAGGGACACUGAGCUGAAGCAGCUGUCACACACGGAGGAUCAAACCCAGUUUCUGCUCAAACACGCCUCGCUGCCAUGUCUCCCUAAUUCUACCGCCUUACCCUCUUGCAACACACGCUCUUUGCAAUACUUUAAGGAUGUGACUGCGUCUGUGUCAGCGGCCAGAGAAAAACUACAGGAAAGUUGUAGAAAGGAAUGGAACAAGAUCUCAAUGACAGUGAGUGAAGUGGAUGUUUUACUGCCACAGGACCCCAAGACGAGAGCUGAAUUCUCACAAUAUGCAGAUCACGUGAGCAAUUUCCAACUGGAUCAAAACACGGCGAGCAUGCAGAUGUUAUUGUCUCAAGAAAACAGAAAAGUAACGUGUAUGAAAGAUAUACAGUCGUAUCCUAAUCACGCAAACAGAUUCAUGGACAGGUCUCAGGCUGUGUGUAAAAGACGUCUGACUGGACGUCAUUACUGGGAAGUGGAGUGGAGCGGCUUAGGAGUUUCAGUAGCAGUUGCAUACAGGGAUAUUGCCAGAACAGGAGAUGCAAGUAUAUUUGGUGAGAAUGACAAGUCUUGGGCAUUGAUGUGUGUGAACAAAAAUACUCAUACAAUUUAUGAUUACAAACAUAACGGUGAAAAAACAAUUAUUCCAAACGUCCCCAAGUCCUCCAGAGUCGGGGUGUUCCUGGAUCACAAGGCAGGGAUUCUGUCCUUCUACCGCAUCUCUGAGACUUUCACUCUCCUCUACAAAGUCAAGACCAAGUUCAGUCAGCCACUCUAUGCUGGACUUGGUGUUUAUUAUUUUGGAUCUACAGCUGAGUUUGUGUCAUCAAGUAGACAAAGAGUUACAGUGGAUUUUCCCCAGGAGACAGCAGCUGUGUAGAUCAGCAAAGAGGGAGGGCUUUCCCAAAUUAGAUAGAGGUUGAUUAACUGUUGUGCAACCUAAAUGGAUAUUGAACCGUGUGUGGUGUAUAUAGUCCUAUUUGUUCUAUAAUUGCAUUGUUGCUGUAAUGUGUUCUGCUCUGUGUGACUUGGGCCUUAAUUGAGCAGUGUGAUAUAAGUCUUUUAUUUAUUAAGAAUGGUUUUGUUUUCACAAUUUCACUUUGUCAGUGUAUUCAUAAAAGUGCAGUUAAGUUUUAAUCGUUAAUCUGAUUCAUCAUUGGAUUACUUUCCUCCACAGCGCUGACAUACUUAGCAUACUGGUUUUGUGUAUAAAGUGAACACAUAGUGGGGAACGCUCCCCAGAGAAGGAAGUGUAGGGUUGUGAACGCAGCCCUCAGAUGGCUCAUCCCCUCAAUCAGUGCCAGCAAAUAAAACGCACCCGUGGUUCUGGCCUCACUCCUUUCUUUUGGCCCCUGGUACUCUGUGGUGGCUCAUGGUGGGUUUCAGACAUUUUUCUCCUCUUGUUGCCGUCUGACUACUUACCCCAUAUGUGAGGUGGUUCACCUGCUGCUGUUUUGCUGCCUCCAUUUUGCCUGUUUUUCCUCUGCUUUGCAUGUUCUGGCAGUUUUUCCUCUGCUUUGCAUGUUUUGACUGUUUUUCCUUUGUUCUGCAUGUUUUGGCUGUUGUUUUGAUGAUUUUCAUAGAUUCCUUUAAUACAUUUUCGGUUCAUUUUUACAAAACACGCAUCUGUGUGCCCUUAACAAAUUCUACACCAUAUAUUUGGGUCGUUAAGCUUAUAUUUCCCAGGGUGUAAUUCCCCAGGUGGCGUUGUUGGUUCCCUUUCAUUUCCCCC